AUGAAAUUGGCCCGGCGACAAGCGCCCGAACGUCUGGACAUGACUCCGCUCCAACUGCUGAACCAGCACAACAUGCGUCAAGAAAAGGAGAAGAAGCUGGCUGCAAGCAGUCGAGACCUGUCACACUUGGCGUUCAUCGGUGCUCCGUAUUGGUCCCACUUCACUCGUGGCGAUCCUUAUGGCGAAUUUCAACGGGACAAGAAUCUCCUGAAGAGAUCGAAGGGAUCGCCCAAUGAUGAGAGGCCGAAAGCCGAGCCAGCGGACCCGAAGGAACCAAAGGAGGAGGUGUGCCGUGUGCGAGUUCAAUCAUGGCUCAACAUGCUUGCGUACCUGGUGAAUCUUGGUAUCACCUACGGCUCCUUGACUGGGGCCUUUGGCGCCACCAACGAAGAGUUGAGCGAGAAGUAUCAGAUCCUGGUUACACCAGCUGGAUAUGCCUUUGCCAUUUGGGGAGCCAUCUUCACUUGGGAAGGCAUCUUUGCUGUGGCACAGAUGUUUCCCUCUCUCAGCACCAGCCCAGUGGUUCACACCGUCACACCUUGGUGGAUAUUUGCCUGCUGCUUCCAGGUGGCAUGGACGCUUUUCUUUGCUCAGGACCUGAUUCCCGGAUCCCUGGUGUGCAUGUUGGGAAUCCUUCUCAGUUUGGUCACUGCCAUUCUGCGCACAGACUUCCUACCCGAGAUCUCCCUGAAGGAGUACUUCUUGCUGAGGGCACCUUUUUCAUUGCACUGUGGAUGGAUCAUCGCCGCGAGUGUCUUGAAUAUCAACGUCCUUGCAGACUACUACAUGUCAUCGCAAGAGACAAUGCUGAUGUUAGCCAUGGUUUGUCUCGCCGGCAUCGCCGUGAUCGUGGCCUUGUUCACAUUUGCAGCUCCCAGGGCCGACCCUUUGAUUGGUUUAGUGGCCGCUUGGGCCCUACUUGGCAUCUAUGUGGAACUGGAGAACCCUGAGAACUUGCUGAACAUGAACAAGUUCAAUUACAUUGCUUGGCCUCAGCUUGUGAUCGAAUCAGUUCGACGAACCGCCUUGGUGCUGAGUAUUGCUAGUGCAUGUGCUGCCUCGAUUGCCAUUUUUCGCAGUGGAUGGCAAAGGAUGCGUGCGUCUGACAAGUCUUUGACCAGUGACGAUGCCACCGCUGUGAUUUGA